AUGGAAAAUCGCCGAACAACGCGCAGUGCAGCCAACGGCCAGGCCGGCGACAGCGCAGGCGUGGAGUCCACACCGGGAGCUGCGGCCGCUCCGCGCGGCAUCGCUGACAUCGCCGCACUCUUGAAGGCUGAGGUGAGGUUUAAUACAAUGAAACUGAAAAACCCAAACAUUCUCAACCAGUACAUUAGAGAAUUAGAAACACACAAACCUGAAGUGGAAAGUAAAAUUAACAAUGAUGAUACUAAUCAAGCCUGGAACGCUCUGAAAGAAAAUAUCACACGAGCAACUACCUCAGUUUUGGGACAUUUUACUACAACUAAGAACCCCUGGUUUGAUGCAGAGUGCUCGAACGCUAUCGAAGAUAGAAAAUUAGCAAGGGAAAAAUUCCUACAAAAACCAAUAACACAAAACAAACUUAUUUUUGAAGAGAAACAGAAACUUGCCAGGAAACUCAUUAGGAAAAAGAAAAGGGAUUUUAUGAAUUACAAAUUAAAAAGAGCUGAGAAUGACCGUACCACAGACUCCAGAGGAUUUUUCAAGAGCAUAAAUAUGUUUAAAAGUGGGAAUAUAAAAAAUUAUGGACAGUUCAUAACAGACCCAGAUGGCUCCUUGCUAACAGAAAGAAGUGACAUUGCUAACAGAUGGAAGGAAUAUUUUAAUGAGUUACUAAAUGCUCCAACUAUAAGCGUCUCUCAGGAAGAUGACAAUGAAUAUCUUACUGCUGACCCAUCGGACGAAGAGCCCAGCUUAGCAGAAAUUAAAGAAAGCAUCAAGAAGCUGAAGAGACAUAAAGCUCCUGGAAGUGAUGGUAUAGACACAGAUAUAUGGAAGCUCAGACGGCAUCAUUCUGCACCGUCGCCCGACGCCCGCCUCCAGAACAGCGUACUGAAGAGCAGGAACAGUCCACUGCCGUCACUGAACGGGCCGCAUCAGAAUUCUGCAGCCCGCUUAGAGACUGCCGGAGGGCGAGUGGUGACAUGCCACAACAACCACGAGAUCGCCGUCGCUGGCCACAUAGGAGUCUAG